CUCCAUCCUUCACCAGCGCAUACAUCCACCUUUCUCAACAUUUAUACUCACUUCUAUCUCUCUACCUCACCAUAUCACGCUCUCUCAGUGCUACUCACGCUCAUUAUCAUUCAUCUCUUACUCUCAAUUCUCUCAUGGCGCUAGCACCCCGUCAAAGCUGUCCAGGCCUUUCAUGUCCCCAGACUCCACCAGCCUGUCCAGCUUGCGAUGCAGGUCAAGAAUGCCAAAUCAUCGGUACAUCAUGUACCCGAUGCGCAUACACCAUCUGUGUCCCCGUAUCCUCGGCACCAUCGGCAACCGACGGAGGUGGGGGUAUCAGCACAGGCGCCCUGGUGGGCGCCAUCGUCACCGCCGUCGUAGUCCUCAUCCUCGCUGGUCUUGGAGUUGUCUAUUUCCGGCGCCGUGCAGCCGCAAAACGUGCCCGAGACGUACGCAAGUCAACAUCGACAGGCGAAAAAUCAACGCAGUCGGGGAGAACAGCCAAAGACGGCUCACCUGUCGUUGCUACUCCUGACGCGCGCAACCCAUUCAGCGACUUGCACACCGCCGAGUCCGGUGUGUCCUAUAUGGCCCCUCAGGGCCUUCCAGGCACGGGGGACGAAGCAAUGCCCGACCAUCCAUAUGCCCGAGGAGGACGCCCUGUGUCCGCCGCCCCAGCCAGGCCCUCACGCUCCCCCGAUCUCACCCUCAAGGCACCAGAGCCCUCGUAUGCCAGGCCGGACAAAAAAGACAAGAGACAAUCGACCCAAACAACUGGAUCAUCGGUCAUGUCCGACUCUGAGUCUACAGUCACCGUUGAACUGUACGAUGCUCGCACUCAGUCCGCAACGAGACACAUUUUUGGCGCUCCCGCAAAGGCCCUUGUCGUCCCGAUCAAUGCUUCAUCGCCCAGUCUACCUUUACAGAGGUCACCCUUAGGACAAGCAUCUUAUUCAGCAGAUCAGUAUGAGCCCGGCACUCCGACGACCCACCUGGAUCCAUUUGCCGACGGGGAUAAUCGACCUGUUUCGAGAAACAGCAUGAAUACAGUGGCCACAUACGACCCGGACAAUGUUCAGAUCAUGAACGCCACUCUUGCGACACGCCAGUCUGGAAGUUCAAGCAGUACAGGACACGUCGUGGUAAAGGGUCCCAUUGCGGCGAGAGCCAACCUCUUGCCCAUUCGCGUUCCUCCACAGUCCAUGCCAUCCCUGGUUGCGUAUCAGACUGCGAUUGGCCAAGCCGCCGCCCGUGCACCGCCCAGCCCGCACGACUCUCUGGGACAUGCUCGCCAUAUGUCGACAGCUACUAUGGCGACGACUGCGUCUGGUUUCUCUACCUCGUCAUCACUGUUGUCCAGUUUCCCAUUCGUGCCACCAAGUCCCUUAGGACUCCCCCGCCAACGCUCCCCUGAAAGCAUGACAUUUUCUGUGCGUGAGGGCGAGGAAGGUAUGCAGGCGAUACAGGUUGAGAAGCCCACGCCUCCGCCACCCCAAUCCCGGCCGACAAGUGUCUGGUCCUCUGUUUCCGGUGCAUCCAGCGCACCUGCUCACCCACCGCUUCCCGGCAGCGUUCCCCCUGUUCCCGCCAUUCCGGCAGGACUGCCGCGACGAGCGUUGUCAACUACAACAUCACGCGCAUCAACAAUGACCACAGGUUCUAUUCUUUCGGCAUUCCCCUUCCACAUUCCCGCAUCGGCACACACAAGCGCAGUGCCACUGUCAGCUUUGCCUUCCUCAGUUGCACUUCCAGAUCAUCAUGGGAUGCGUGACAGCAUGCGUGAUAGCAUGACUGGCACAGAUAAGACGGGCCUGCGUUCAAGGCGGGCCAGUCUCGAUUCUGUUAUGCUUAGCAAGCAAGUCGGCGAAUUAGGCGGACUGGAUGAUUGAAGGUAUUUUCAUUAUUUUCUUCUUCGGGUUAGUUUGUGAUAUAUUUCAUCGUGGUCGUUCGAAGCAAGGCCGGUCCCUUGAUAUAUCCGCCUUUUAUUCGCUGUGGAUCUCUUUUUUAGCGCAUUCGUCUUGCCAGACUAUUCUGUCAUUUGUGACUCUACCAUUCGCUUCAAGUUUUUUUCCCUUUACAUUUAGGCUGUUCGAGUGUCAAGGAGCAUAGAGUGGGCUGCAGCUAAGUAUAUAUAUUUCAUUGUAUCGCUACUGCAAAUGAGAAUACUAGCGAUAACAGCUGACAGGAU